AUGGAUGACAUCUAUGCCAAUAUUAGAUAUGACAAGUCUGUUGACCUUAGACCUUCAACAAAUCAGACAGGUCCCAGGAGCUCAGAGAGGAGAUUUCAUGGAGCUGUUGUUCUCUGUCUGGGGCUGCUGAGUGUUUUCCUGCUGGCUGGGAUCAUCAGCCUCGGUGUCCACUCUGCAGAUCUCUCCACUAUCAAAGCCAACCUGACUGAGUGUCUCCAGGCCAGUGAUGACUUGGACAGGCUUAAACAGAACCAUGUGUCAUUACGUGGAUCAGCUGCAGAGCUCUCCUCUAUCAAAGCCAACCUGACUGAGCGUCUCCAGGCCAGUGAGAACAAGUCUUCUUCCCUGUCUGAAGAGAGAGACCGGCUGAACUCCAGCCUCACUGAAAUGGCUAAAGAGUUGGACAGGCUUCAACAAAAGAAAACGUGUCCAGCAGGAUGGAGGAUGUUCAGUUCUUCCUGCUAUCUCCUCUCUGCUGAGUCUGGUUCCUGGGAGAAAGGCAGACAAGACUGCAGAGAGAGAGGAGCAGAUCUGGUGGUGAUAGAAAGCUCUGAAGAACAGACGUUUCUUUCUGCAUUCAUCAAAAAAGAUACUUGGUAUUGGAUUGGUUUGACUGACAGAGAUGAGGAGUGGACCUGGAAAUGGGUAGAUGGAACUCCACUGACUCUGAAGAACUGGAGGACAGAGCAGCCUGAUAAUGGUGGUGGAGAUCCACAGUGGGGCGAAGAGGACUGUGUACAAGUUGGACCUACCACCGCUGAGUGGAAUGACCAGUCAUGUGAAAAUGUCAUGUACUGGAUCUGUGAGAAAAAAGCUUAACAUUGGUGUAUGUUUUGAGACCAAUACAUUUGAUAAUGCUUUUUACAGUGUAAGCUAUGAUCUCCGUCAUGUGAUGAUAUGCAUGUGUGCUUGUGUGUCCAUAACAGAGUAUCAGUGAACACAAAAUACUGGGACUAAUAUGUAUGUAAAUGCCUGAUUAAGCUAUAUAUAAUAUAAGCAGCAAUGUAACCAAUUCCUCUUCAGUCUAGUGCGUGUCACCUGG